UGAAGCUAGCUAGACGGGAAGGGAGAAGUUUCAUUUUUGACCGCUAUUGAAUGCGGUAUUUAAAGGCCAAAAAGGACGCUGUUAAGCGCCUAAGAAAGUUCCUUUUUAAAGGAAGAAAGAAGCUGUAAUUUAAAAAUCUUUUACAGUUUUACUUCAUUUGAUAAGUUAAAGUAUUUUAAAUCAGUCCUAUGACACGCUUUUUCCGUUCCAGGCCUAACCUUUAAUAUUAAAGAACCUUGUUAAAGAACAUUGGCGCCCAUGUGGCAAAUUUGAUUGAGCCGGAAAAACUGCACACUGUGUGGUAGUCCGCAAUAAAUUAAUCAGUCAGUCAGUCGUGAGAGUUCGAAGUUCACGUAGGUGGGAACUUACUCACUUUUUCUGUGUGUGGAGUGGAGAAUAUUUUCGGUAUUUGUUUUUGUGAUUAUUUUUUACUGCAAAUUUAGUUGCCGUAUCGCACUUUUCAGGAUAUUUUAAACGACAGACUGUUUAUAAAUAAUUUGUAAUUGCCGUAUUAUUUAUUUGCGGAAAAUGUUACGACCUUCGAUUUUGAGAGUUCUAGCUGGAGGAAAAUCUGCUAUCAGGCAGUAUGCUGCUGCUGCGCAGACUGCUGCCAGAGAACCAGAUGAUAUUAAAGGAGAAAAGAAAGUAGAAAAAAAUGUUUCAAACACAAGUUCCUUUGUGAUGACCAUGUUCAAAGGUCAGCUGAACACUGAACAGGUUUUUCCUUAUCCUGAUGGUAAGCUCAUUAUGGUUAAUAGUUUUUUAAGUUAAUAAUUUUGUAGUCGU